AAAAUAUGAAUAAACAUCGACAAAUCAUGUCGAAAUUAAACUAUUAAUUUAAGAUAUUAAAGUGACAAAAAGUAGUAUAUGUUUAAUAUAUAAUUAUAUGUAAAUUAUAAAAAUAUGUCAUCAGCUCAUUUAUCAACUGGACGUCUAAAUGUAGGAAUAAUACAGAAACAAGCAAGAAAACAAUUACUUUGCUUACUUGAAAAAUGUGAUGGCACAAAGGCAAUUAUAUGGGAUCAAUCUCUUGCAGGACCAAUUGGUCUUGUUGCAAAAUAUAGUUUGCUAGAAGAACAUGAUGUUGUCAAAAUGUAUCCUUUAUGUGGUGGAUGUUUAACAAUACCAUCAAAUAUUGUUAAUAUAAUAUUUAUAACAAGACCGCAAUUAGGUCUUAUGGAUUUAAUUGCUGAAAAUGUUCAUGGUGAAGAAGGGAAAAGACCACGCAAAGAAUUUCAUUUAUUCUUUGUACCAAGGAAAAGUCUUCUUUGUCAAAAAAAACUUCAAAAUCGAGGUGUAUUUGGCAGUUUUACAUUAAUAGAAGAAUUUAAAUGUGAUUUAUUUCCUUUUGAUAAUGAUCUUCUUUCCAUGGAAUUAAGUGGAUCAUUUAAGGAGUUUCAUUUAGAAAAUGACCCCACUUGUUUAUAUCAAGUAGCACAAGCUAUUCAUAGUUUACAAAAAUUAUAUGGAAAAAUUCCUAAAGUUACUGGCAAAGGACCUGCUGCUAAUAAAGUUUGGGAAUUAUUAGAAAGAUUAAAUAGAGAAGAAGAGGAUAAUAAAACAACAUCUGUUCAAUCAUUUACUAUAGAACAUUUAUUAUUAUUAGAUCGUUCUGUAGAUUUGCUUUCACCUUUAGUUACACAAUUAACAUAUGAAGGAUUAAUAGAUGAAAUUUUUGGAAUAAAAUAUAAUACUGUACAACUACCAGCAAGAAAAUUUCAUGAUUCUCAAGAUUCUCCAACAACAAUGACACUUAAUGAAAAAGAACAAAUUAUACUUAAUUCUGGAGAGGAAUUAUUUGGAGAAAUCAGAGAUAAAAAUUUUAAUGGAGUAGGACCUGUUUUAAGUAAAAAAGCUAAAGUCAUUUCAUUACAAUUUGAUGAAAGACAUGGAGAUAAAAGUGUACAAGAAAUUAAACAAUUUGUAGCACGUUUACCACAUAUGUUAGCUACUAAGCAAUCAUUAGCAAAACAUACAACAAUAGCAGAAAUGAUAAAAGAAGUUACAGAUUCCAGUAGCUUUUUAGAAUCAUUACAAGUUGAACAAGAAUUAUUAAAUUGUAUAGAUACAGAUAAACCAAAUACUUACAUAGAAGAUAUGAUAGUACAACAACAACCACUUUUAAAAGUUUUACGAUUACUUUGUAUACAAUCUUUAACGAAUUCUGGACUUAAACCAAAGUUAUUAGAUUAUUAUAAAAGAGAAAUAAUACAAACAUAUGGAUAUCAAAAUUUACCAACUAUAUUAAAUUUAGAAAAAGCUGGAUUACUAAAACAACAACAAUCUACACGCAAAUAUACAGUAUUACGAAAAGCAUUAAGACUUACUGUUGAAGAUGAAAGUGAAAUUACACCAAAAGAUAUUAGUUAUGUUCAUUCUAUAUAUGCACCAUUAAGUGUUCGAUUAGCAGAACAACUUGUACAACCCAAUGGUUGGCAAGGUUUGAAUGAUGUAAUGGGAUUAUUACCUGGUCCUACUAUUAGUAGUGUACCAUAUAGUCAUAUACCAUCAUCCGCGAGAAGAAAUUCUAUUACUAGUGAAGAUUCUAAUUCAGAACCACCGAAAUUAGUAAUGGUUUUUUUUAUUGGAGGAUGUACAUUUGCAGAAAUUUCUGCUUUAAGAUUUUUAUCUCAACAAGAGGAUUUGAAUGUAGAAUUUGUUGUCUGCACUACAAAACUAAUAAAUGGAAAUACAUUUUUAAUGUCAUUAAUGGAAAAUCUAGAAAGUAUAUGAUUUAAGAAAAUUAAAUGUUAUUUUGUGUGAUA